GAACUCUUCAUGUACCUUGAACUGGGCGAAUGUGAAAGUAGAAAGCUGACUUGGAUUGGAAUAUGAACUUUUUGAGCAUUGUGUUAUUUGCUGGAAUUGUCAUUGAAGUUUGUGCCAGCAGUGUAGAUACAGGUUACUUUUGGCAAGUGACAGAUUUUCACUAUGAUGCCAAUUAUAGCACAAAGGGAGACCCCCUGAGGAUGUGUCAUGACAUGUCAGGUGGUAGCUAUAGUAACAGUAUCUAUGGAAACUACCACUGUGAUUCACCAUGGAAACUGAUUCAGUCGGCCACGGCAGCCAUGAAGAGAAUCCAUCCAAAUCCAGACUUCAUAUUGUGGACUGGAGAUAGCGUGCCACAUGUGGCAGACAGUGACCUUGACCUACAGAAAGUUCAGAGAAACAUCGGCAAUAUCACACUCCACCUCCGCUUUGUGUUCCCAGACACCAAGAUAUAUCCAGUGCUGGGUAACCAUGACGAGUAUCCCAAAGAUGCAUAUCCCCCCGCCCCAGGGUCUGACUAUUACAAGGGGAUCAUACAAAAUGCUCACUUUGACCAGCUUCUGACAAAUGAUACUGCCAAGCAGUUCUUGACAGGUGGUUAUUACACGACCCUGAUUCACCCUGGUCUGAGGGUCAUGGGUCUGAACACCAAUCUGCUGUACUCCCAGGACAAACUGACCGCCAAUUCAGAUGACCCCGCAGGCCAGUUCCAGUGGAUGGACAACACCCUGACAAAAGCCAGGACGGCCAAAGAAAAGGUAAUUAUCCUCUCCCAUGUUCCUCCAGGAGUUUUUGAGAAGUACAACUCCUUGAUGUGGUUCUACGACAAGUUCAACAUUCGGUACGUCAGGAUCCUACAGAAAUUCUCCGACAUUAUCACAGCUCAGAUUUACGGACAUGAACACACAGACAGCUUCAGAAUUCUGAAAGAUACACAGGGUUCCCCUGUGGGUACCUUAUUUCUGGCCCCUGCUGUGACCCCUUGGAACAGCAGUUUGGCUGGAGUGGGGGCCAACAAUCCCUCCCUCCGACUUUACAUUUACAAUAAAACUGACGGCACAAUCCUCAACUACAAGCAGUACUACUUGGACCUGGCGUCACUGAUCCAUGGAGUAGGAAAUACAAACUGGACCCUAGAGUAUGAUGCCCAGAGGGACUAUCAACUCCCCGACUUGUCUCCAAAGUCAAUGAACAAUUUAGCCGUAUCUUUCAAUCAGGAUAACUCGGCCAUGUUUCUGAAAUACCUGACCUUUAAUUCGGUGAGUCAGACUGUCAAGCCAGGAUGUGAUUCCGUGUGUAAGUUGACUCACGUCUGCUCCAUCACUGAGUUGGAGCUGCUGAAUUUUAAGCUUUGUCAGUCGUCCGAGACCACUCGUACCACCCAGCACCCGGGGCCCACCCCCUCUCACAGACACAGGCGGCCGGUGGGGAAGAUGUAUAUAUACAUCAUUAUAGGCCUGGGUGCUGUCGUCUUUCUGCUCUUCAUUGUUGUCGCCAUUGUAUGUAUCAGACGACGACGACAUUUUGUGCCUCAUCGAUUUUCUAGAUUUUCAAAUUCCCUGGGAUCAGGACCAAUUAAUUAAGGGAAAUCUAAAAAUAUGUCACUCCUGCUCAAGUAUAUAUUUUUUCUCCCUUGUUGAUUAUAUGAAUUUUAAAUUCUGUUGGUAGAAAAAAAAAUGGACUAGCUUUCAUAUUGAAAUAAAUAUGAAAGGAUCGAGAUUUAUAAUUUCAUUUGUUAAACAUGGGUAUUAAAUUUAUAUUUUUUAGUCAGUUUUUAUCUAUUGUUUUGAAUUGAUGUGAAAUGUUAAAAAUGCCAAAAUCUGGUGUGAAAGAUAUUUUUCAUUUUACAGUAAUUUAUAAGUCUGUUUUGAUGAUAAGUCCCAGAAUUUUGCCCACACUCAGUGUGUACAUUUAUGUCUGACUUGUUCUUAUGAAGUAAUUUCCAUUUACCGGUUGUGCCUUUGUUGCAUUCCACAAACUGUGCAUUGAAAAUUGAAUAUGUUGUAGAAUUUCUCAAGUUUUAUUUAUGAUACAUACAAUGUAAAAUUGAAAAUACUGUGAAAACACAAAUUUUCGUGGGGGUUUAAUUUUCAUUGUUUUCAAGGUACGAUUCAUGACCACCACGAAAUGUAAAAUGUUACAUAUAUAAGUACUCAUUAAUUCUUGAUCCACGAAAUCAAAUCCCCCUGAACCAAGAGAUUUUCCUCAAACCACGAAAAUUUGACCCCAUGAUAAUAUAUGAUUUUACAGUAUUUAAUAUCUUGUCUUUUUGUUGUUUAGGGUGCUAUAUUAUGAAAAAUUGAAUUAGAAGAUGUAGGUUUCUUGUUCAUGAAGAAAAUAUAUUCAUAAUAUUCCCCAUUUUUCUUUUCUCAGAUUUAUUAUGAUGAAUAAUUUAUGUAGCAUUGCAAUAGAUGAUACAAUAAUUUUUAAGAUUUUGUGAAUUGACCAUGGACAUUUUCAAACCUUUUCAUGAAGUAUAUGUGAUAUAUUGUUGCACCAUGACAGGAACUGAAUACUGAGAUAUUGUUUAGGGUUGUAUAUCUUCAUCUGCAUAUCAUUUUGCUGGAUUCAUGUUUUUACAUCAUAUUAAUUACUAUCUAUAUACAGGG